GUGUCUCCUCUGACAACAGGGACCGCCCAUACACACCAAACGGCCAAGUAGGCGAACCUGAAACACCGAAGACACACAAGACACACCGCACCACACACAUUGAAAGCACCGGCCUCAAGACUAACCGAGACCACAAAAACACAACCUCUACAUUGGUCACGAUCACAAGAGUUUUGAUGUAUAAACCUCACGACCCUAAGAUGGCCCCUGCGCGGGCACGAUACUUCAUAUAG